UCAUCCUUUGGAACUUUGACUCUCCUUUCUCUGACCCACCCGUUCAAAACAAAACACAAGAAUUUUCAUUUCAAUUUCUCUGUAACUGAGAGAUCGCUGCUAUGCUUGAGAAGCAACAGCUUAUAUCGAAAUUUGACAACAUUUGAGGGCAAAUGACCGGGGCAGGACACGCGGUGGAACACGUCGGAUUACCCAAGAUGGAGUCGUCGACCACCUCGACGUCGACCCGGUCCGUUUGUUGUAACCCGGUCAAGGAAUCGGGUCCGGUUACCAUGGAUCAUGUACUAUUAGCAUUGCGGGAAAGCAAAGAAGAGAGAGAUAUGCGGAUUCGGAGCUUGUUUAAUUUCUUUGAUGCGGCGGAUAUCGGGUAUUUGGAUUACGCACAGAUCGAGAACGGUUUGUCGGCGCUUCAGAUUCCGGCGGAGUAUAAGUACGCCAAAGAUUUGUUGAAAGUGUGCGAUGCGAAUAGAGAUGGGCGCGUGGACUAUCACGAGUUCAAGAGGUAUAUGGACGAUAAAGAGCUGGAGCUUUAUAGGAUUUUUCAAGCCAUCGAUGUCGAACACAAUGGUUGCAUUUUGCCUGAGGAGCUUUGGGAUGCUCUUGUUAAGGCUGGGAUUGAAAUUAAUGAUGAGGAACUUGCUCGUUUUGUUGAGCAUGUGGAUAAGGAUAAUAAUGGAAUCAUAACCUUUGAAGAAUGGCGAGAUUUCCUUCUACUCUACCCUCAUGAAGUUACUAUUGAGAACAUAUAUCAUCACUGGGAAAGGGUAUGCCUUGUAGAUAUUGGAGAACAGGCUGUUAUUCCAGAAGGUAUCAGUAAACAUGUCCAGAGAAGCAAAUUUUUCAUAGCAGGAGGAAUUGCUGGAGCUGCUUCUCGUACUGCUACUGCUCCUCUUGAUCGCUUGAAAGUGGUUCUGCAAGUCCAGACAGGAAAUUCUCGUAUUGUGCCUACUAUUAGAAAGAUAUGGAAGGAUGAGGGUUUGUUGGGGUUUUUUCGAGGUAACGGGUUAAAUGUCCUGAAGGUUGCACCUGAAAGUGCCAUAAAAUUUUAUGCAUAUGAAAUCUUAAAAAAUGUAGUUGGAGAUAUUAUGGGGGAAGACAAGGAUAAUAUAGGCCCUUCUGGUAGACUUUUGGCCGGUGGUAUGGCAGGUGCAGUGGCACAAGCUGCUAUCUAUCCAUUGGAUCUUGUAAAAACUCGGUUACAGACUUGUGCUCUUGAAAGUGGAAAGGCCCCCAAGUUGGGGACCCUAACAAAGGAUAUAUGGGUUCAUGAGGGUCCUCGGGCCUUCUAUAAAGGUCUUGUGCCUUCUCUUCUUGGGAUUAUCCCCUAUGCUGGCAUUGACCUUGCGGUCUAUGAAACUUUGAAAGAUUUGUCGAAGAGUUACUUUGUUCGUGAGAGUGAACCUGGACCUCUUGUGCAGCUGGGUUGUGGGACAAUUUCAGGAGCUCUGGGAGCAACAUGUGUUUAUCCAUUGCAGGUUAUUAGAACCAGAAUGCAAGCUCAACGUUCUAAUUCCGCUGCUGCUUUUAAGGGAAUGUCUGAUGUAUUUUGGAGAACCCUUCAUAAAGAAGGUUAUAGAGGUUUCUACAAAGGAAUUUUUCCAAAUCUUCUCAAGGUUGUGCCUGCUGCAAGCAUUACAUACUUGGUUUAUGAAGCUAUGAAAAAGAGUCUAGAUCUCGGCUAGGCAGUGUUCUGGUAUUUGCCGGAUCACUAGGCUGAUUUCUAAGUCGGAGUCAGUGGUAAAUUUUAUGAGUAAAAUAAGCGGAAGUAAACAAGUAGGUGAUUUGGUUAUUAAAGCAACUAUGACAGACUAUAGUUCCCCUUUAUUGUAUGGGGCACAUGAUUUUUGUAGUCAAGAAGUUCUACUCCAGGCUUACUAAAAACUAACUGUUCAGAAAAAAAAA